AUGCAGAGCAGUGAUGUUCUACCAGCGGAUAACAAAACCCAAUGUAGUCUGAAGAUUCCCAAAGACAUCGAAGGCUUGAUAAUCAAACUCGUGAAACAAGACAGUGUAUCUAAACCAUGUAUAUAUAGCAAGUCUUUUCGGGUGGUUACAAGGACAGGGAUACCUCACGUAGAAGUUCGCGAUGGAUGUCGGGGAAAAUUCAAAAUCCGUUACCGCAAGAAAAACUGUAGGAGAAAAUGCGGACCCAAUGCUGUGUGGAGAAGACGAAGAAGAGGACGAGGAGGCAAGUGUCGGUGCAAGAGAGGCUAUCGUGGAAAUCCAAGGAAAGGAGGAUGCAGUGCUUCUUGUGUGUGUCGAGCUUCUGGAGACCCGCAUUAUUCGACGUACGACGGACAAAAGAUCCACUUCAUGGGCAUGUGCAUGUACACACUGACGAGAACGUUGGGAAAUAAACCCUGUGCUUUUAACAUCAUGGUGUCCAACGAAAGACGAAACAAGAAGAAAUCGGUUUCCUACACCAAGCAAGUAGACGUCGAAAUCGGUGGAAUCUACGUCACGUUAUUCAAGGGCAGAAAAAUCCAGGUGAACGGAACAAAUGUGGAUGUGAGAAAGACUCCCUAUAAGAAAAACGGCAUUUUGUUGACGAGGGUAGGACGUCGGUUUACCAAGCUCCAAUCUCCGUCGUGUGGUUUGAGCGUACUUUGGGAUGGCAAACAUUCCGUAGAGGUGACUGCUAACAAGGGCAGUUACGGUGGGAAGAUGACUGGGAUCUGUGGAGAUUGCAAUGGUAAGAGAGACGACUUCCGGCUGGCCAAUGGAACUAAUGUAUCGCGCAUGCCAAAGAAGGUCAGGUACAGGAAGAUUGGAGACAGUUAUCGUGUGCCAGAUGUACGGAAUCCUUCAGCUGCAUGUGAGCCUACACCUGCGUUUUCAAGUUGCUCUGCGGAACAGACCAAGAGGUUCAGUUCAGAAGAAGCAUGUGGAUUGAUGACGAACACAUCCGACGGAAAUCCAUUCAAAGAGUGUGUGAACUGGAUGAAGAAUACCCAAGAGGCGGACGGAAACAGUCCCUUUUCUUCUUGUCUCAUCGAUGCUUGCAACAACGACGGUGCAGGACUGAAGCAAGUGACUUGCUCAGCGUUGGAAGAAUUCGAAGAGAAAUGCGUUGAGAAUGGGUACGCUCCACCUGAAAAGAAUAAUUGGAGAAUCAUCACUUCGUGUGCAUUGCCGGAGACCCAAACGUGUGGAGAGAACGAGGAAUACAAGGAAGAUGGAAGUGGUUGCCCAAACACUUGUCAGUCACCAAGAGCAGAGAACACAUGUGGGGACCCUGACAUAGCAGGUUGUCAAUGCAAGGAAGGCUAUGUCAGAGAGGGAGAAAAGUGCAUUCCUUUCAGUCGAUGUGGAUGCAUGUUAUAUGGUCAAUAUUCACCGCAAGGAACCUCCGUCCUUUCUAAGAACUGUAGAGAAAGGCUCUCCUGUAGAUUGAUCAACCGGAAUCCAACAAUUGUAAAGACGAAGACCAAGUGUCGCAAAGGAGCAAAGUGCAAAUCCAUCAAGGGAAUGGGCAAAUGCGAGAAGACAGAUUGCAGGAGAAAAUGCGGACCCAAUGCUGUGUGGAGAAGAAGAAGAAGAGGACGAGGAGGCAAGUGUCGGUGCAAGAGAGGCUAUCGUGGAAAUCCAAGGAAAGGAGGAUGCAGUGCUUCUUGUGUGUGUCGAGCUUCUGGAGACCCGCAUUAUUCGACGUACGACGGACAAAAGAUCCACUUCAUGGGCAUGUGCAUGUACACACUGACGAGAACGUUGAGAAAUAAACCCUGUGCUUUUAACAUCAUGGUGUCCAACGAAAGACGAAACAAGAAGAAAUCGGUUUCCUACACCAAGCAAGUAGACGUCGAAAUCGGUGGAAUCUACGUCACGUUAUUCAAGGGCAGAAAAAUCCAGGUGAACGGAACAAAUGUGGAUGUGAGAAAGACUCCCUAUAAGAAAAACGGCAUUUUGUUGACGAGGGUAGGACGUCGGUUUACCAAGCUCCAAUCUCCGUCGUGUGGUUUGAGCGUACUUUGGGAUGGCAAACAUUCCGUAGAGGUGACUGCUAACAAGGGCAGUUACGGUGGGAAGAUGACUGGGAUCUGUGGAGAUUGCAAUGGUAAGAGAGACGACUUCCGGCUGGCCAAUGGAACUAAUGUAUCGCGCAUGCCAAAGAAGGUCAGGUACAGGAAGAUUGGAGACAGUUAUCGUGUGCCAGAUGUACGGAAUCCUUCAGCUGCAUGUGAGCCUACACCUGCGUUUUCAAGUUGCUCUGCGGAACAGACCAAGAGGUUCAGUUCAGAAGAAGCAUGUGGAUUGAUGACGAACACAUCCGACGGAAAUCCAUUCAAAGAGUGUGUGAACUGGAUGAAGAAUACCCAAGAGGCGGACGGAAACAGUCCCUUUUCUUCUUGUCUCAUCGAUGCUUGCAACAACGACGGUGCAGGACUGAAGCAAGUGACUUGCUCAGCGUUGGAAGAAUUCGAAGAGAAAUGCGUUGAGAAUGGGUACGCUCCACCUGAAAAGAAUAAUUGGAGAAUCAUCACUUCGUGUGCAUUGCCGGAGACCCAAACGUGUGGAGAGAACGAGGAAUACAAGGAAGAUGGAAGUGGUUGCCCAAACACUUGUCAGUCACCAAGAGCAGAGAACACAUGUGGGGACCCUGACAUAGCAGGUUGUCAAUGCAAGGAAGGCUAUGUCAGAGAGGGAGAAAAGUGCAUUCCUUUCAGUCGAUGUGGAUGCAUGUUAUAUGGUCAAUAUUCACCGCAAGGAACCUCCGUCCUUUCUAAGAACUGUAGAGAAAGGCUCUCCUGUAGAUUGAUCAACCGGAAUCCAACAAUUGUAAAGACGAAGACCAAGUGUCGCAAAGGAGCAAAGUGCAAAUCCAUCAAGGGAAUGGGCAAAUGCGAGAAGACAGAUUGCAGGAGAAAAUGCGGACCCAAUGCUGUGUGGAGAAGACGAAGAAGAGGACGAGGAGGCAAGUGUCGGUGCAAGAGAGGCUAUCGUGGAAAUCCAAGGAAAGGAGGAUGCAGUGCUUCUUGUGUGUGUCGAGCUUCUGGAGACCCGCAUUAUUCGACGUACGACGGACAAAAGAUCCACUUCAUGGGCAUGUGCAUGUACACACUGACGAGAACGUUGGGAAAUAAACCCUGUGCUUUUAACAUCAUGGUGUCCAACGAAAGACGAAACAAGAAGAAAUCGGUUUCCUACACCAAGCAAGUAGACGUCGAAAUCGGUGGAAUCUACGUCACGUUAUUCAAGGGCAGAAAAAUCCAGGUGAACGGAACAAAUGUGGAUGUGAGAAAGACUCCCUAUAAGAAAAACGGCAUUUUGUUGACGAGGGUAGGACGUCGGUUUACCAAGCUCCAAUCUCCGUCGUGUGGUUUGAGCGUACUUUGGGAUGGCAAACAUUCCGUAGAGGUGACUGCUAACAAGGGCAGUUACGGUGGGAAGAUGACUGGGAUCUGUGGAGAUUGCAAUGGUAAGAGAGACGACUUCCGGCUGGCCAAUGGAACUAAUGUAUCGCGCAUGCCAAAGAAGGUCAGGUACAGGAAGAUUGGAGACAGUUAUCGUGUGCCAGAUGUACGGAAUCCUUCAGCUGCAUGUGAGCCUACACCUGCGUUUUCAAGUUGCUCUGCGGAACAGACCAAGAGGUUCAGUUCAGAAGAAGCAUGUGGAUUGAUGACGAACACAUCCGACGGAAAUCCAUUCAAAGAGUGUGUGAACUGGAUGAAGAAUACCCAAGAGGCGGACGGAAACAGUCCCUUUUCUUCUUGUCUCAUCGAUGCUUGCAACAACGACGGUGCAGGACUGAAGCAAGUGACUUGCUCAGCGUUGGAAGAAUUCGAAGAGAAAUGCGUUGAGAAUGGGUACGCUCCACCUGAAAAGAAUAAUUGGAGAAUCAUCACUUCGUGUGCAUUGCCGGAGACCCAAACGUGUGGAGAGAACGAGGAAUACAAGGAAGAUGGAAGUGGUUGCCCAAACACUUGUCAGUCACCAAGAGCAGAGAACACAUGUGGGGACCCUGACAUAGCAGGUUGUCAAUGCAAGGAAGGCUAUGUCAGAGAGGGAGAAAAGUGCAUUCCUUUCAGUCGAUGUGGAUGCAUGUUAUAUGGUCAAUAUUCACCGCAAGGAACCUCCGUCCUUUCUAAGAACUGUAGAGAAAGGCUCUCCUGUAGAUUGAUCAACCGGAAUCCAACAAUUGUAAAGACGAAGACCAAGUGUCGCAAAGGAGCAAAGUGCAAAUCCAUCAAGGGAAUGGGCAAAUGCGAGAAGACAGGCAAGUGCAAAGAAGAAAGAAAGGUGUUACGUUGUAAAAGCCGUAGAUUGCAGAGCAGCAGUGGUGUUGAGAAAGUGAUCAAAACCCUAUGUAGCUUACGCACUCCCAGAAAAAUCCAAGGUCUACGAAUCCAACUGAUCAAGCAGGACAGGAUUUCUAAACCCUGCAUAUAUAGAAAGUCGUAUCGAUUGGUGAAGAAGGCUGGGAAAUGGCAUUUGGAAGUUCGCGAUGGAUGUCGAGGAAAAUUCAAGAUCCGUUACCGCAGGAAAAGUAAGAGUUAG